AUGCAGUGGUGUAACUCUACCCACCAGAUCUUGGCCCGCAACGAAAGGGUAGACCCGGUGUGGCGGAUUCUUGUCCCUAAGGAAGCCCUCUCUCAUCCGUUUCUCAUGCAUGGCAUCCUGGCCCUUUCCGCCCUGCACCUGGCUCGGACUCACGAUGACCAUCGUCGACCAACAUAUCUCGGCACGGCUGUUGCUCAUCAAAACCAAGCGCUGGCUUACUUUCGGGAGUCACUAAAUGAUAUCAACGCUUCCAACGCAAAGGCAGUGUUUGCGUUCGCCAGCAUCGUGGCCAUCUACGCUCUAGGCUUUCCUCACCCGCCCGACCCCAAAGACCCGCAGACAUGUCUGGAUGACCUGCUCCAGGUGUUCAACCUCUCGCGCGGGGUGCAGCAAGUGCUUGCACAAGCUACCCCGGCAAUCAAAGAUACAGACUGGGAGAUAAUUCUGCAGCUAGACGACUAUGAUUCCACCCUUCCAGAAGAGGAGUCUUCCGCCCUGCGGCGACUGCGAGAGGUUAACGAAGCGUGCGGUGCCCAAGAUCCACACCACGAUCCCUCUGUCUAUGCAACUGCUCUUGAGAAUCUGGAAGACAUGACGGCUGGGAUCCACGGUGGAUUGACUCCUAUCACAGUCGCUUGCCGGUGGGCCAUCAAGAUGAAAGCCUCGUAUGUGGAGGCUAUCCGAGAGCACAACCCGCUGGCCUUGGUCAUUCUUGCACAUUAUCUGGCUAUCUUGCACCGCUCCCGUCCCGACUGGCAUGGAGGGCUCGGAGACCUUCAAUCCCCCUUUUGUGGUCAUCAGUCUCCCUCUGCCGAGCAAGCAGUUAACUUCGCUCGGGUGAAUGAGGACGAAGAUGACGAGCACGAUGAACAUCAACAGCGCAUCGAAUAUGUAUAUGAAGACCUCCGUCGAAAGCAGAUACCCAUCCCAACCCUGGAGAUACUCCACCACACGAAAGACGGACCGAAUCAGAAUGAGAACACUGGAAGUAUGCAAGGCAUAGAGAUGUUUGCGCCAAGGGUUGUACGAAUCGGCCGAUUCGGGGGUGGGAUGACGCCCAAUCCGUUGCUGGAAGAUGAUGGCGCUGAUGAGGAAGAACCCGAAGAAGAUGAUCUGCACGAAUAG